GCGGGAACGUCAGCACGUCGACGCGGGGGUUUUCUCCGGAGUCCCGCUAACGCCGCUCCGGUGUUCCUGAGCCUGCGUUCGGGAGGUCCUGGGGCGGCGGGCCGGCGCGGUUAGGGGCGGGACCCGGGGUCGGUCCGGUCGCAGCCCUCCCGGCCUGUCCUCCCGGCAGGUCUGCCCUAGGGGAGCCUGAGGACGUGGGGCCCCCCGAAGCGGGCCGCGGAGCCCGGGGCCCUUCCCCGCCCGCGGCUCGGAUGGGAGGUGGCGGGAGAGACCUGGGAUGUUCAGUCUGAUGGCCAACUGCUGCAACUUGUUCAAGCGGUGGCGAGAGCCUGUCAGAAAAGUGACCCUUGUGAUGGUGGGCCUUGAUAACGCUGGUAAAACAGCCACAGCAAAGGGAAUCCAAGGAGAGCAUCCUGAAGACGUAGCUCCCACUGUUGGAUUCUCUAAAAUUGACCUUAGACAAGGAAAGUUUGAAGUCACCAUCUUUGACUUGGGAGGUGGAAAAAGAAUUCGGGGAAUUUGGAAGAAUUAUUAUGCUGAGUCCUAUGGGGUAAUAUUUGUUGUGGAUUCCAGUGAUGAAGAGAGAAUGGAAGAAACAAAAGAGACAAUGUCAGAAGUGCUAAGACAUCCUAGGAUAUCAGGAAAACCUAUACUGGUAUUGGCAAAUAAACAAGACAAGGAGGGGGCUUUGGGAGAAGCCGAUGUGAUUGAAUGUCUGUCCCUGGAGAAGCUGGUCAAUGAGCACAAGUGCCUGUGCCAGAUAGAACCUUGUUCAGCAGUCUUGGGAUAUGGAAAGAAAAUUGACAAGUCCAUUAAAAAGGGGCUUUAUUGGCUACUGCAUAUCAUUGCAAAAGACUUUGAUGCCUUAAGCGAACGCAUCCAAAAAGACACAACUGAACAGCGAGCUCUUGAGGAACAAGAGAAGCGAGAGAGGGCUGAGCGAGUUCGAAAAUUACGAGAAGAAAGAGAACGAGAGCAAACUGAACUGGAUGGGACCAGUGGUGUGGCUGAGAUGGACCCAGGACCAGUUCUUGCUAAUCCUUUCCAGCCCAUAGCAGCAGUAGUCAUGGAGAAUGAAAAAAAGCAAGAAAAGGAGAAAAAGAAGCAGACUGCGGAGAAAGAGAGUGAGGGUUGCCUCCCAGAACAGAAAGCGGAGCAGGGCCAAGUAGAGUCACAGAGCCAGCCUAGUGGCUGCCACAAAAACGGUGACAGUGGAGUGGUAGAGAGUUCCAAGGAGGCCCCGUCACAGCAACUGGACAAUGAAGAUGAGCUAGAGCAGCGGUCCUCAGAAUCAGAUAACAGUAAAAAGAAAACUAAGAAGCUAAGAAUGAAAAGGAGUCAUCGGGUAGAGCCAGUCAAUACGGAUGAGUCUGCUCCCAAGAGUCCCACACCUCCCCCGCCUCCUCCUCCAGUUGGCUGGGGAACCCCCAAAGUCACUAGACUUCCAAAACUUGAGCCUCUUGGUGAAACACGUCAUAAUGAUUUCUAUGGGAAGCCAUUGCCUCCCCUGGCAGUGCGACAGAGACCUAACGGCGAUGCUCCAGACAUGAUCUCAUAACCAAGUCAGAUGGGUUGGUCCUUUUAAUAUCAGCAAAGUGAACUGAGACCUGUCCCAAAAGUAGAAAAGUCCUGGACACAUUUACUUCUCCAUGUUCUGUGGCUAAAGCAGAAAGGAAACAAAAGGACCAGUAGCUGACAAGAGCAUUUGGUCACGGUAGCAAGAUGAUUCUUUGGUUUACACGUGCCUACUUUGGACAUUCUCCCUAAGGAAAACCUCCUCAGAAAUGGAGCCAAUGGACUCUACAUACCUGAUUAUUUAAUAGUCUGUAUUUCUAUGCAUUAAACAUGUUUUAUAAGGUACAUGUACAUGAAAAGGGAAUCCUGGAAAUUUAUAACCUAAAUUUUAACUAUUUUUAUAUUUUUUUCUAAAGCUUUUGAUUGAGUUUGCUAUUAUAUUGAUUGUGCACUUUUCUACAGAUGCUUGCUUUAAACUGUCUGGAUAGAAAGUUGAUUUACAUGAAGUGUACAAGCAGGAUGUGUUUAAAUGGCUUGAGGUAUGUUUUGUGAUAAACAUAAACAUUGUGCUUUAAAAUGUACACCCUAUUUUGACAUAAUUUUAAAAUAGCAGCUAUUUUAAUAAGCAAGUUUUCAGAUCUUUAGUUGUACCCAGUUACAUGAUUUCCAAGUAUUAACGGAGGGGAGAAUUCAGUUCUGUUGUCGCUGUUUGUUUUCUUUGGUGAUGAUCCCAAUAAAUGUCAAGAAACAUGAAA